AUUGUUAGGAUUUUUUAAUUAAAAUCUCUUAAAUACUAUUCAUUUCUAAGAGAUUGUGACCACUAAUUGUAUAGUGAAUGUUUUCACCUUAGAAGUGGUGUUCUUUCGUAGCUAUAAAAGUACAGAAAGACACACUAGACUACUUCAAAGUCAAAGGUGUGAACAGAUCAAAUCAAAUAAAACUCCCUUUUAACUAAUAAACAAUAAGCAAGUGCUACGAUCCACAGUAACGCAACGUCUAUUACACCUCCGUGGAUUUCACAAACUAGACGUUGACUCUCUCUUUCCAAAAUUCCACCUUAUAUUUUUCACACCAAAACCCUUUUCUCCUCCGCUUUCAUACGAUGACCUUCAUAUGGCGAUCAUCGACACAAACUCCAGCCGUUGGAUCCCUCACAACCUUCUCUUCCUUCUCCUCUUGCUAUUGCUCCAGUCAGUACCGUAUGGAUCCGGUCAGACCACACCGCCCGGAACUACACAAACGAAAGCCAACGAUCCAAUUGUUGUAGUGAUAACGGUUAUGUUUGUGGUGAUCUUCUUCAUGGUCUUCGGUUCCAUCUUCUGUCGUCGAAGCAACGCGCGGUUUUACUCACGUUCUUCUGUUUUCCGAUCCACCGACGCAGACGCGGAGUCCCGCGUGGUGAGGAUCAGAAGGUCGACGGCGCGUGGGCUCGAGGCGGAGGCUAUAGAAUCUUUCCCGACGUUUCUUUACUCGGAGGUGAAGGCGGUGAGGAUCGGUAAAGGUGGUGUGGAGUGUGCGGUUUGUCUCUGUGAAUUCGAAGACGACGAAACGCUGCGUUUGAUGCCUCCUUGUUGCCACGUGUUUCACGUCGAUUGCGUUGACGUCUGGCUCUCAGAACACUCCACGUGUCCUCUCUGUAGAGCGGAUCUUGUCCUCAGCCAACAUGGUGACGACGACGACAGUACUGAAAGCUACUCGGGUACAGAUCCGGGUACGAUUUCGUCGGGUACGGAUCCUGAGAGAGGAAUGGUUUUGGAAUCUUCGGACGCGCAUUUGCUGGAUGGAGUGACGUGGACCAAUAGUAACAUAACGCCUCGGUCAAAGUCAACGGGAUUAUCCAGCUGGCGUAUAACCGGAAUUUUGUUCCCGAGAUCUCAUUCGACCGGACAUUCGUUGGUUCAACCGGCUGGAAAUCUAGACCGGUUUACGUUGACCUUACCUGAUGAUGUACGACGGCAAUUGAUGAAGACAUCGAGGACGAUGGGACACGUGGCGUUAUUACCUCAGGCGAGGAGUUCACGGAGCGGUUACAGAAGCGGUAGCGUCGGGAGCGAGAGAAGCGUUUUUACGUACGGACGGAAGAGUAAUAAUAACAAUCGACGGCUGCAUUCGCUGUCUUUUUCAUUCUCUUUCCGGAGUGGUUCUGUGCGGUCUACUUUCUCCGGAGAUGCGCCAAAGAAUCUUCCGACAUCUGUCGAAGCUGGUGAACGGUCUUUCGAACGGCUCCGACCAGAUGAUCGAGUGUAAAUAAUUGUUUUCUUUUUUACAAUUUGUUAUUGGGAUCGGAUUAAAUGUUGUUAUGCCUCUUAUUUGCUUUUUGACUUUUGGAGCAUGAUCAACAAAAAUGACAAUUAUUUUGUGUCAAAAAAUUUCGUUUGAAGGUUUCAGAAAGAAAAAUGUAUGUGUGAGAUUGUGAAUCUUUUAAAUUAAAUGUAGCUGAUGGGUUUACACAUUUGAUGAAUGGAGUGGCCUUUUAAUAA